GAGGGAGGGAGGGAAGAGCACAGCUGUUGUGUGAAGAGAAAAUAAAGAUAAAGAAAGCCAGGAGGUGCACAAGUGUGAAGGGCGAAGGAGAAAGGGAUUGACGCAGAAGUUGAAGGUCAAAGCAACUGAGGAGAUUAACGGACACCUGACAUCACAGUAACAAUGGAGACGCAGCAGGAAAAGAGGACUUACUUCCUUUGAAGUGGAAAAGAAAAGGAGCGGUGUUUGAGGGAAGAAGGGGACACCGUUUCCUCACCAUGUUUCAUUCAGCUGGCUUCCCAAAUUCUAACAACCUGCGCCGGAAGAGCAACUUCGUCCCGGGAUAACAUGACGAGAGGAGCCAAGAGAUACCUGCCGACUCUGUGAUACCCUCCUCCUUUUCCUCCUCUCCUCUCCUCCUUCCUUCCUCCCUUUCUUUCACUUUAAAUACACUCACUUCCUCCUCCUCUGCCCUGAUAUCUCCUCUCCUCUCCAUCUCCUCACUAUGUGGAUACCAGCUUUGCUCAUAUGGAUUCUUAACAGCAGCUAUCUGUGCGCAGCGCAAGACUACCCGGACUAUUCUACAAUAGGAGACAUGGGCACCGAGGCUCCAGAACUGUCAGAUGACCAGCCCAGUUUGGAGUCAGUGACGAGCGUGGAUCAGCUGUUACAGCUUCUGUACCCAGAAUACAACCUGCUUCAGCACUGCCUGAGGAAGAAGUCAUGGCCCUCCUCCUCCUCCUUCCCCUCCUCAGCGAGCCCUCUGGUCCACUCUGACCUGGAGGAUCUGUGGGGUCAGCCCCGCGAGGAGGCGCUUUUUAAAGAAGACAGGACUUUCUCAAUCAUCUUAGAGGAGAUGCGGCGGACCUCCUGCCAGCCCAGAGAAGUGUGUGUUGAGGUGGCCAAAGAAUACCCAGGAUCCACCAGUCAGUUCUUCCUGCCUCGCUGCGUGGCUCUUUACCGCUGUGGCGGCUGCUGCAACAACGAGGCGUUCUACUGCACCAACAUCAGCCACGCACUGGUCAACAAGACGUUGAUAGAGCUGUCCCCGCCCAGGAUGGAGCGCUCCGUCGUCAUGGUAACAUUUGUCAACCACACUUCCUGCGAUUGCAUCUCGAAGCGGCCUCUGCACUCCAUCAUCAGACGAGCCGCGACAGAUCACCUGUGUUCCCCACCCGAAGUCCCCUGUGCCUCGGGGUCAUUAUGGGAUUCAGUGAACUGUUUGUGUGUCUCUAGAGACGCCAUUAACUACUCUGAGAGAGAGACAGGACCUAAAUACCUUUUGUUUGUCUCCACGUGGCUCUCAGAGGCGCUGGACUCGGGGCUGCUGGCUCUCUGCGGGCCGAACCGGGUUCUGCACAAGUCGUCCUGCGAGUGUGUGUGUCACAACGGACUCACAGAGGACAGCUGCGACCCGGGCUGGAAACUGUCCCACAACACCUGUGAAUGUCAGUGUGAAGGUCAAGGCGAGGGGAAGUGGUGCCCCGCCGGCCAGCGCUGGGAUGAGGAGCUGUGCGGGUGUGUGUGUGCUGCAGAGUGUCCCAGGAACCAGCCGUUGAACCCCGACACCUGCCUGUGUCAGUGCAGGGAGAGUGGGCCGUCCUGUAUGCUGCAGGGCAAGAAGUUCAUCCCUAACUCCUGCAGUUGUUACAAGUGGCCGUGCAGAAAGCCCCAACCUGUGUGCCAGGCGGGUAACUACUACAGCGACAAAGUCUGCCAGUGCAUCUCCAACAACUAUAGGAGUCAAGACCAAGAGUAUUUCCCUUCAACAUGAGGCUACAUUUAGGGGGGGGGGGGGGGGAAGGCGGAAAUGCCUCUUUACAGGAAGGUGGAAGGACACAUUUACAUACUGGAUUAUAACAGCAUCCUGGAGGAGUUUUAUUAAUGCUCACUGUUCUGAGGAUACUUUCAAGUGGAACAGAAAAGGCAGGGAAACUCAUAAAAGUGGAGAAAAUGAGGAUGUGUUUGACUCUCUGAGACCUCUGACUGGAAGCAGGUAAUCACACCUGCUUAAAAGCUCCACAGCGAGGGGGGGAAUCAGACUCCUUGGCAGCGCUUACCCCUGCUGCAACGUGUUCGAGCAAGACCUUCAACCACUCAUGACUGUGUGAAAUGGAAAGUGGAAUAAAAUAAUGACAGACUAGACUCCAUGCUCCUCAUUUUUUUUUAGAUUAAAUAUGCUGCAGGCCCUUUGGCAGUGGUGGGAUAUUUGAGAGGUUGAAGGAUUUAUUUUGCAUGUAAUGUGAUGUUGCCGGGCUCUCGACGUGGAAAUGGUGACAGUAUGUUUUGGUGAUGCACCAGAGGCUGUUUCCAACAAAAGAACAACAAAAGAGAUGGAGUAAAGCUUUUUCUUUUUACCUAAACGUCUUAAUUUUCCUUCAGCCUUUUUGCUAGAGAAAGAGGCAGAACUUGUUUAAUCAAACGCUAAUUUAAACACUCCCAAACACCUAUUAUAUCCUCCAGUUUCUACUUGCCUGUCGAGCUGCAAGUGUCUGAUCACAAUCGAUGGGAACUCAAGUAAUUUAACUUUACACUCUUGAGUAAUAUUAUUUGUAAAUAUUUAAACGUCAUAUUUAAUACUGAUAUUUUUAAAUAUGGAAUCAUGUAUUUAAGUCUCUACCCUAACUAAAUGUUGUUUUGCGAUUCUUGUAUUCUGCAGUUUUUAAUAACUAUGAAAAAUUGUGUUUUUAAUUGUCCGCACUGCAAGAUUCAUAUGUAAGCUUUAAAAAAACAAUGACUUAGGGCUACAUGUUGGGAUGAAGAUUUACGUAGAGAUGAUUGUAGCGUUUGUGCUAUGGAUGUAAAGAAAAACGUCUUUUAUCAUGCUACUAUUGAAUAUUUUGUGAUUUUAAAGUAUUAAAAGCCUUCUCUGACUGAUA